AUGUAUAACACGGUGAUACUGAAUCUGACAUUGCUGUUGGCACUCUGCAAAUGCUGUCCAUUUCCUUGCAUAUGCAGAUGGAAGAACGGAAAGCAAACCAGUGAGUGUGUCAACAAGGACCUUUUGGUCAUUCCCGAUGGACUGGAUGCCACUACGCAAGUGCUGGAGUUUGCCGGCAAUAAUCUGAGGACGCUGCAUCGGGAGAAGUUCGUCAGAUUGGAUUUGAUCAAUCUGCAGAGGAUACAUCUUUCACGGAUAAGCGUCGUCAGCGAGGCGACCUUCAAAGGCCUCACGAACCUCGUGGAGCUCGACUUAUCCGACAACCUCCUGGAUGCCAUACCGUCGGUUUCUCUCCUCGACUGCCCUGCGCUGAUGCGACUUUCGCUCAGCCGCAACCCCAUCACAGCCCUGGAUCAGAACGCCUUCGAUCGGCUGUCCCUGGAAUGGCUGCACCUGGAGGCCAACAAGAUGACCUCUUUUGCUGCGGCCCUGCAUCUGCCAGGCAGCCUGAAGGGCGUGCAGCUGCAGGAGAACCCUUGGCAGUGCGAUUGCCGCUUGAGAGACCUGCAGGAAUUCCUGUUGAAGUUCGGGUAUCCGUUUUCCAUCGAACCGGUGUGCAGUGGCCCAAGAGAGUUGUCAGGGCAAAAGAUAAAAGCCGUUCCGACGGACCAUUUAGCCUGCGUUCCAGUAGUCACGCCCACAAUACUCUACCUCGAGAUCGACCAAGGCCACAACAUAUCACUCGCCUGCCAAGUGGACGCCAUCCCAGAAGCCGCAAUAAACUGGUACUUCGACGGACAACUCCUGCAAAACGACACUUACCUCGCUCCAGGACUCCGUUUAUUAUACUACGUGGAACGCGGCACGUCGAACAAAACCAGUGAACUUUACAUAUUCAAUGCAAAUUCUGGCGAUAGUGGAACAUUCGUAUGCAGCGCUGAAAAUCCUGCAGGCGUAAGCCGCGCUAACUACACCGUAAAGUUGCUAAUGAGGCAGGAAGAACCCCGCGAGAGGAACGAGCCCCCAUUCGAGUUCAUCCUAGUCUUAACCUUCGCCACCUCUUUAUCGGUGCUACUCAUCAUAGUAGUCGCGACAUUCGCAGCUCUGAAGUGCCGCAGGAGGUCAAGAAUGCGCAGGAAACGGCACGAAUCUAAGGUAGCGCUGGAAUCGUCCAGCGGUGAUAACCUCUUCAAGGAAAGCUUCGAUGACUCAAUGGAACCUGCAGACCACGCCAAGGAAUACAGUUUAGAGACCAGUCAGGGACCGUCUGUAGUGGCUUUUAACCAUGAUCAGAUCUCGAUGAAGUUGUACCAGGAACGGAAUCCGGAUCUGAUCAAUGGUACUGACGUUAUGGAGAAGAGUGAGUGCGCGGUGAUAAGGAGACACCAUUCCAUAAGAAAUGUGCGGUUCGGUGGUGAAACUGAAGUGAGUGAUUGUGGGGCGCUGUUUGUGAUGCCAGGGGAGUUGAGGCUGCAUCCUGGAGCUGGCUGUUAUAAGACGUUGCCUAAUAAGAAGAGAACUGCAGCAGCUCCGUUAGGCCGUCUUUCCAGAGAAGCGGACUUCCUGAACCGCAGCGCGGCUGCCCAGACGCAGCCAGCUUACGAGUUUUUCGGCAGCGACAUACGUCACACGGCCGACGGCUAUCCCGCCAGAAACGUCGACGGACGUCAGCAGGCUCCAGGGAUAACGACCCCCUUAGAAGGGGAAGGCAAGGGAGAUGUGCCAGAAAAGAAAUCAGUAGGGUGCGGCCAGGACAAUUGUUUCCAAAAAGUUUGUACGUAGGAGGGUCAAGCAUAGGGGACAAACAAGGUUUUGAUGGAAAAAUUUCCUUAUGUUAU